UCUCAGCUCACCGAGGGCUCUGCUCCAAGCCAUGCUGUCCAGGGCUCUGCAGCUCACCCUGGUCCUGCUGCUGCUGUCAUCACAAGCCCAGGGAGGGAUCCGCGGAAAACGGAGACAAUACGAAGUAACACAAGAUCUCCCUGCCAUCAGAGAGUGUAAGAGGAGGCCAAAGCCGUAUCUGUGUAAGCACCCAUGUGAGGCUCACCAAGACUGCCAAGCAAACAACAUAUGCUGCUCUGCGUGGUGUGGGAACGUCUGUGUGAACCUGUUGGACGACGGGGUGUGGGAAGUGACCAUUGCUCCCCAUGACAGUCUCUCUUGGAAGGAUCAAUCCUCCACCAACUUCGUGUUUGAAGGAGAUAUGGCUCCGGCCAUACCCACCUCAUUGCCUGUCCCCGAUGCCUCUCCUAAAUAAACCAGAAUAAAUCA